UGCUUGGAACCUAGCACCCGGUUUCGUGGCCCGCCCUACCCGAUUACCAGAAACAUCUACUUCUGGAGAAUUGCAAUUCAUUAUCAUUUACGAUGUUCACUCUUUCUGCUGAAUUUCUCGUUCCUUUUUCCCAAGAAAGUGACAACUUUCUCUUCAGCCAGCAUGAAAUUCCGUUAUGCUAUGGUGUGUUCAUCAAAUCAGAAUCGAAGCAUGGAGGCUCACUCACUGCUCAAGAGGCAAGGCUUUGAUGUAUCUUCAUAUGGAACUGGAGCUCAUGUGAAGCUACCGGGACCAUCCCUCAGAGAGCCAAACGUUUAUGAUUUUGGAACCCCUUACAGGCAAAUGUUCGAUGAUCUCAGACGGAAGGACCCUGACCUUUACAAGCGUAAUGGCAUAUUGCCGAUGCUGAAAAGAAACUCAUCUGUAAAAUUGGCGCCUCAACGUUGGCAAGAAAAUGCUGCUGAUGGUUCAUUUGAUGUGGUGUUCACUUUUGAAGAAAAGGUUUUUGAUAUGGUUGUUGAGGAUCUCCAUAAUCGGGAUCAAGUUCUUAUGAAGAGCGUGCUGGUGAUCAACUUGGAAGUAAAAGAUAACCAUGAGGAGGCAGCCAUCGGUGCUCAACUCGCUUUAGAUCUGUGCCAAAUGAUCGAAGCAGCCGACUCAUGGGAGGAUUCUGUUGACGGCAUAAUAGCUGCAUUUGAGACAAAGCAUAGGCGGAAGCUUUUGUAUAGCAUCUCAUUUUAUUGAAGAUAGACCUGCACUGCAUAUGAUUAACAUGUCACCUUGUACAUUAGUUUUUUUCAAAAAAAAAAAUUUUCCUUUUAAUGUAAACAGUUGUACAAUGUUGUGCUAAAAUAAUUUGUUUCAUCCUUUUUAUUGUGUUGGGUGAGAUGAAUUGCAGAAAUCAAUCUCUGGGAAUUUUAAGAUUGUACA